AUGAGGCUCAUUUCGUCCAUAGCGACGGUGGGAAGGACGGUGGCAGUGUUUGCGCAGCUUGCUGCAGCAGGAAAGAAUGUCAUUGAUCUCUCCAAACAAAAAUGGACACUCACAAGCCCCAAUUUCAACAAUAUUUCAGUCCCUGGAAAAGUGCCAUCGCAUGCCCAUGUUGACCUCUAUGAGGCGAAUAUCAUCAGCGACCCUUUAAUUGAACUCAACGAUUUCAACCUUCGUUGGAUCGGCAACAAUAACUGGACCUACACUAGCGAGAUUGAAGGCCUCUAUCUUGUCUUCAACGGCCUCGAUACCUACGCUGCCGUCGAAUUCUGCGGAGAGCAUGUCGGUAAUGCGGACAAUCAGUUCCGACAGUGGGUUUUUGACAUUUCCGAGGUCCUGGCAUCAUGCACGGCCGCUCAACCUCAGCUCACCGUCAAGUUUGGCGCCACUCCCAACAUCUCGGCAGCCAUAGCCAAAGAGCCCGGGCAGGAGACAUGGCCAAAUGGCAUCAAUGAGGUCUAUGAGAUUCCAAAUAGGUGGUUUGUGCGAAAGGAGCAAUCCGACUUUGGAUGGGACUGGGGCCCUGCGUUUGUCCCGGUAGGAAUUUGGCAGCCUGCAUACCUCGUCCAACUUGCCGGACCGAGUGCUGUAUAUGUGAAAAACUCAGCUUUUGACCUAUAUCGAAAAGGCCAAUUGAACAAUCUGCCGCCAGAUCAGACCGCUGACUGGAUCUUUAACGCGAGCAUUGACACUGUCGGAACUAUUCCCGAGGGUGCGCAGAUGAGAUAUACGAUUAUCGAUUCAGAUUCACAUGACGAGGUGAGCUGUGGAAACUUCAGCAACGUAUCGAAUGGAGGCGACGUCGUCACCGGUAUCACGACCCUUGAUGCUUCCAAAUACGAGCUAUGGUGGCCCAAUGGCCUCGGUCCGCAGAAGCUCUAUAAUAUGAGUGUUGAGGUCACCUUUGAAGGGAAGACCAUUGCCUCUGUCAAUAAGCGAAUGGGAUUCAGAACAAUCGUUCUCAACAUGGAACCCAUUAGCGACUUGGAGCUGUCGCAAGGCAUCAUCAACGGUAGCAACUUCCAUUUUGAGAUCAACGGCAACGUAUUUUAUGCCAAAGGCAGCAACUUUGUGCCCCCAGAUCCAUUUUGGCCUCGCGUCACGGUUGAGCAUAUCCAUGAGAUCCUCUCUGAUGUAGUGGAUGCCAACCAGAAUAUGCUGCGCGUGUGGUCGAGCGGAGCUUACUCUCCCGACUUCAUGUACGAUCUUGCUGAUGAGAUGGGCAUCCUGCUGUGGUGCGAGUUUGAAUUCAGUGUUUCCCUAUACCCUGUCGCGCCGGCCUUCCUCGAGAAUGUCCGACAAGAGGCUGUUUAUCAGGUGCGAAGGGCGAAUCACCACCCUUCUCUGGCUCUUUGGGCUGGAGGAAAUGAAAUGGAGAAAGAUGAGCUGCCUGCCGUCAGGUCGCAAGCCCCAUCUCAGUACGAGCGGUAUUUGAGCGAGUACCUCGAGUUGUUCCUCAAUACAUUGCUUCCUACAGUCACCAACAAUGGCUACCUUGAACUCAAUUUCAGCCUACCCAUUCCAUUCGUGGAUCGCCUUUACAACACCACGCCCGGAUACCUCUACGGCGAUAGCGAUUUUUACGAUUACAAUGCAGCGGAUGCUUUCAACAUCAACAAGUACGUCCUUGGUCGGUUUGCCAAUGAGUUUGGCUUCCACUCCAUGCCUAGCCUCGAGACAUGGCGCGAGGCCAUUCCCGAAGACCAACUUCACUUUAACUCAACCAUGACUGUCUUGCGCAAUCACCACUAUCCGCCCGGCAGUCUCACCACCAACAAUACUGCUGAUCCUCUGAGGGGUAUGGGCGAGAUGACUCUUGGUGUUACGCUUUGGUACCCGACACCGGCCAAGACUGAUUCUGUCGCCAACUUUGCUGCCUGGUGCCACGCUACCCAGAUCUUUCAGGCUGACUUUUAUCAUACAAAGAUUCAGUACUACCGCGCAGGAUCGGGAAUGCCUCAGAGGCAGCUUGGCUCGCUUUAUUGGCAGCUUAAUGAUAUCUGGCAGGCGCCGACAUGGUCAAGCAGGGAGUAUGAUGGCCGGUGGAAGGUCAACUUUUAUGCAACAAAAGACAUCUUCCAACCAGUCAUUAUUGCCCCGGUAUACAACGUCACUACGGGUAUCUUGGAAAUGUACGUCGUGUCGGACUUGUGGAGUGAUGUUUCGGGAGAGGCAAGCUGGGAAUGGCUCGGCUAUGAUGGAAGUCCAGUUGGUUCCUCUGAUGCAUCUGUGAAGUCGCAGCAGUUCACAGUCGGCCCCGUCAACUCUACUGUCUUGGCGAGGUUGAAUAUAACGGCACUUACAAGCAGCGGCAAUCUUCCGGCCGCUAACGCAGUGUUGAUUGCCAACAUUACAGCGACAGGAACGCCGCCAAAUUCCCAGGGCACAAAAACCUACUCGCACUCAAACUAUUUCACAGCCACGCCUCUCAGUAAAUCUGAGUUGAUCGACCCGGGAUUGACAAUUCGCCAAGAUGGAAAUGCCUUCACUGUCACGGCUGAGAAGGGUGUCAGUGCAUUUACGUGGAUCGCGUUAGACCCGAGCGACGCCGGUGCUAUUGUCACUUUUGAUGAUAAUGGGUUUUGGCUGCGACAAGGGCAGAGUAAGACAGUUGGAUAUAGUGUUCGUGGAGCAAGCGCUGGCUGGGAGAGUCGCGUCACUGUACAGAGCAUCUGGAACGAUACGCUUUCUUCUUAG